AAACCAAAACAGAAGAAGAGAAAGAAGAAGAAGUAUCCGUUAAACAGACACAUUGGAAGUGUCGGGAUGGUUCCGCGCCAUCGGCAUUAAAAACUGAAGGCCCUUUUCUGGUACUGAGUUGAUUAAUCAAGAUAUCACAAGACCGAACGAGGAGCAUCUCGUUAAGAACCCGUGGAAAGCGCGAAAUGCCUAAAAUGCUGGUCAGCGGGUAAUCGAAAAGAACGAAGACGUAGCAAGAUGGAGUUUGCGGAGAAGGCCUAAACGUGGGCAUUAUUGUUUUGUCUUCUUAAUUGUUUUAAUAGAGUAAACAUCGUUAAUAAUUGUUUCCAUCCGGAUGCAUUAGUCUGAGCGCACUUUAAAGCUCCUCAUUCUAGCUUUGCUUGUAGCUUAGCUUGUUAGCUGCUAACAAAGAGACGCAGAAGUGAUCAACACGUCGCUAAGCAGAGAUCAAAUGUGAGUGUAAAGUGUUGGGAUUGUGUGAAAAUGUGCGAAAGAACGAUAGCAGAGUACGAGGAGGAACUUUCUCCAACAACAGAGGAGAAGGAGCCACAACAUCAACUGCUGGACGAUGUUCACAAGAAACUUCAAGUUGUGUUACAUAGAACAGAUGUCCAGCAGUCCCCCCACAUUAAAGAGGAAAAGGAGGGACUCUGGACCACUCAGGAGGAAGAGUGUCUUCUUGGGCAGGAGGAGGCUGAUCUUACCAAGUUUCCACUGAAUGUUGUCUCUGUGAGGACUGAAGACCAUGAAGACAGACCACCUGAGUCCUCACGGCUUCAUCACAGUCCAAACGUCCAGCAGCCCCCCCACAUUAAAAAUGAAGAUGAGGAUCUCUGGAUCACUCAGGAGGAAGAGUGUCUUCUUGGGCAGGAGGAGGCUGAUCUUAGCAAGUUUCCACUGACUGUUGUCUCUGUGAAGACUGAAGACCAUGAAGACAAACCACCUGAGUCCUCACAGCUUCAUCACAGUCCAAACAUCCAACAGCUGAUUGGUCGUCAGGAGGAUCCACAGCCCCCCCACAUUAAAGAGGAAGAGGAGGAACUCUGGAUUACUCAGGAGGGAGAGUGUCUUCGAGGGCAGGAGGAGGCUGAUCUCACCAAGUUUCCACUGACUGUUGUCUCUGUGAAGACUGAAGACCAUGAAGAGAAACCACCUGAGUCCUCACAGCUUCAUCACAAUCCAAGUGAGAAGAACAAAGCUGUGGAGCCUCCAAGCAGCAGCUCACCAAAACACAUGACAACAGAAGCUGAUGGAGACCACUGUGGUGGAUUACAAGCAGACAAGCUCUUAGCUCCACUGUCAGAUAGUGACGAGACGUCACACGAUAAUGUAAAUAAGCAAUCACACACGAGAACACACACAGGAGAAAAACUUUUCACUUGUCCAGUUUGCACAAAUGGUUUUUUCCAAAGCUGUGAUUUUACUCGACACAUGAGAACGCACACAGGAGAAAAACCUUUCAGAUGUUCAGUUUGCGCUAAAAGAUUCUCCAUCAAAAGUAAUAUGCAAAAACACAUGAGGACGCACACCGGAGAAAAACCUUUUAGAUGUUCCGUUUGCAGUAAAACAUUUUCUAUUAAAAGCAAUAUGCAAGCACACAUGAGAACACACACAGGAGAAAAACCUUUCAGAUGUUCAGUUUGCAGUAAAAGAUUCUUUGACAAACAAAAAAUGCAAAUACACAUGCGAAAACACACGGGAGAAAAACCUUUCGGUUGUUCGGUGUGCGGUAAAAGAUUCUCCAGCAAAAGUAAUAUGAAAACACACACGAGAACACACACUGGAGAAAAACAUUUCAGUUGUUCAGUUUGCAGUAAAAGAUUCCCUGACAAAAGUAAUAUGCAAAUACACAUGAGAACACACACGGUAGAAAAACCUAUCUGUUGUUCAGUCUGCAGUAAAGGAUUUUCUGUCAAAAGCAAAAUGCAAAUACACAUGAGAAAACACACAGGAGAGAAGCCUUACAGUUGUUUAGUGUGCAGUAAAACAUUCUCGAACAAAAGUAACAUGAAAACACACAUGCGAACACACACAGGAGAAAAACCCUAUCGUUGUUCUAUUUGUGCAAAAGGUUAUGCUCGGAACUGUGGUUUGACUCGACACUUGCAGACACAUACAGAAGAAAAGCCUAUCUUUCAUGUGCUUAAACGUCAGCAAAACACAGGUGGAAAGACGUCACAUUAAAGCGCACAGGAGGUAAACCUCUCAGUUGUUCAGUGUGUGAUGAAAUAUUCUCUGUCAAACGUAAUAUGCAAAUAUGCCUCUGGUGAGGGCGGUCGCAUUUUUUUCCACUCCCUUCUUCUCCCUGCUUGCUCUCUUUGUUUUGUCUUGUCUACACUUUUUUAAAGCCUCUUUCUUUGCGCUGUCCUCCAAAUCUAAACAUCAGACAUGGAAAUGAUCAGCUGGACUCUGGACUCAAUUGACAAAAUCUUUUCGAUGAGGAAAAGAGGUUCUGGGGAGCCUGGCUGCCCUGAUGGAACCAUUGCUGCGGGUACAUGAGAGAUUCCUGGGAUAAAUGAAGAAUCAUGUGCCUCUCAGUCAUUUCCAUCGAGGACGUGGAAGACAUCUACCUAUUUGGAACCGUGAUCGCGGGGCACCUGCUGAUUGGGUUGGGCAUUGCUCUGGUGUAUCGUCAAAUUCGUAAGACGAUGGCAGCUACUCAAGGAGCCCAAAGGCUGUUCGUCGAAAUGGAAGGUUUGGGCCGGGCUAUGGGAUCACAAUCGCAAGAUGGAUCACAUCAUGGAAAAGCUGGUUGAAAGGGAAAAAUUGGAUAUGAGAGCCAGCAUGGACGAAUAGAACAGACAAGCCAUUGAUAAUGCCUGCUCGCGGAAAAACAAAAGUCCUAAUCUACGAUUUGACUCCGUCGAAUGGGCCUUGACGCUGCAACAACAGGAACAGGCUGUUCUGAAAACAUCCCUCGAGGACCCCUCAAUGAUGGACGCUUUUGAUCUCCCUCACUCCUCAACGACACCUGGAGUCGAACUUUUGCUUGCAUGCAGAACGGCCCCAAACCUAUGAAUAUGAACACUACGUCAACACACCAAAGACAAUGGGCAUAUACACAAACACACACCCUAGCCCCACGCCUUCACCACCGCUUGAUUCCCCUUCGGGGUGAUGGACGGCUGGCAGCGCUUCAUAGCAGCAGUCGACCUCCAGGGGCCCAUGAUCAUGUAUUUGUAUUAUUUUAUGGCCUGUUGAUACUUAUUUUUGAUGCACAUGCUGUUCCACCACAUUCAGCAGUUUGCUCGGCACCAGCUAUCAUAUCAAUCAAAUUAGACAAACUGUUAGGAUCAUUUGAAUUCAUCAGUAUACUCAGUCAUAUGAUUGAUGUGUUUUAAUGUUUAAUGAGUAAAAAUCAAGAACUGUGUAGAUACUAUUAGUCAUGAUCAGUGUGUGUUAUAAUGUUCUGCAGUCACUAGGAGUCGGAAUGUGUAACCGAGCUUGCUUGGAGCCUGCUUGUCUAAAGUCACUCAUUGUUGUAAUGUUGUGGAACCAUAUUCAUUUUAACCAUCUUUUUAAACCUUUUUUUAGUACUAUAAAGUUUUUUGACUCCAGUAAAAUACAAUGAUGACCAACGUAUGUAACAAUAAAUUAGAAUACUUGUUUUGUAUUAGUUUAUAUUGGUCUUGUCAGUGCCUUCUUUGCACAGCAGAUAGCUCCGAUGUAUUAGUCAGGUUUAUUUCAAGACCAACCACUGGAGGGCUUGUUUAAUGUCAGGUAUAUUGGGUGUGGUGCAAAACACUUUUAACCCUUGUGUAAGUUCAUAUUGUUGUUACUCAGCCAGCGUUUGUGGGUCUGAUGGACCCGUUGCAUUUUGUGGCUUUUAAUGCCUCACAAUCAAACACUUUUAUGUUAAAAUACUGAACAGAUGUUUACCAUAUCCCAAUAAACAUCUGACAAACAAAAUGGUUGCACGGAAAAUUUCUCUGCCAGUUUCUGCAUCCCACAGGGAUUCUUCUUUUGUGUUUCUGCACC